AUGCGAUUCAGUAAAAUGCAUCCCAGUGAAAUUCCUAAAAAAGUAUUUACACGUGAUACGAAACCUAGCGCCAAGGAAAGGCGGGUCUUAGCGAAGCCACCACACAUUUUGAAAUCAUUCACGACAAUUGCGACAACGACAAGUAUUUCCCAUCACGACGUUGAGGAUUCCUCCGAUCUGCUACCCAAGACAAACGUCUCGAUAAAUACCGCAAUCAUGUCUUCGGGAGUUCCUGGAGCUGCUAUCAGCAAGCGCCGCAAGUUCGUUGCUGAUGGUGUUUUCUUCGCGGAGUUAAAUGAGUUCUUCCAACGUGAGCUGGCGGAGGAGGGAUAUUUCAUCAUCCGCGCAACCCACACACAAGAAGUCCUUGGAGAGCAAGGUAGACGAAUCCGCGAGCUCACCUCCCUCAUCCAAAAGCGCUUCAAGUUUCCCGAGAACUCCGUCUCCCUCUACGCGGCCAAGGUCCAAAACCGUGGUCUCUCCGCCGUCGCCCAAUGCGAGUCCCUUCGCUACAAGCUCCUGAACGGUUUGGCAGUUCGCAGAGCCUGCUAUGGAGUUCUCCGCUUCAUCAUGGAGUCCGGUGCUAAGGGUUGCGAGGUCGUUGUCUCUGGAAAGCUGCGCGCCGCGCGGGCCAAGUCCAUGAAGUUCACUGACGGCUUCAUGAUCCACUCUGGUCAGCCAGCCAAGGACUUCAUCGAUCAUGCCACCCGCCACGUCCUCCUCAGACAAGGUGUCCUCGGUAUUAAGGUAAAGAUUAUGCGCGGCUCCGACCCUGAAGGAAAGUCUGGUCCCCAGAAGACGCUGCCAGAUUCCGUCACAGUCAUCGAGCCAAAGGAGGAGCAGAGCGUGGUUCAACCUAUGAGUCAGGACUACGGUGCGAAGGCUGCUGCAGCCCAGGCUGCUGCUGAGGCCGCGCGUGCGUCCGAGCAGGGUGAGGAGAUUGAGCCAGCAGAUGAAUAG